AAGUAAUGUCUUAAAAUGAUAAUACGGAUAUUCUGCGAUUGAUUUUUAUGACAUUUUAAGACUGACAAGGCAAAUAUAUAUAUGUCUCAUCUUAACUUAUUGCACCGACGUAGCAGUGUAGCGAAAAAGAACAGACUAAAGUCAACACGGAGUACACGGGAGCACGACCUAAUCCUUAUCCCUGUGGUAGUGAGGGCAGUCAGCGAGUCAGCCACACUGCCACAGUCAGCACCAUGGCGAUGAACGUGCCGUAUGAGGCGAUCGGCAAGGGCUUCGUCCAACAGUAUUAUGCGAUGUUCGACGACCCGGCGCAGCGGCCGAACCUCAUAAACAUGUAUAAUGCGGAGACGUCCUUCAUGACGUUUGAGGGCUUGCAGAUCCAGGGCGCUAUCAAAAUAAUGGAAAAGUUAACUAGCUUAUCUUUUCAAAAAAUAAAUCGGGUAAUAACAGCGAUUGAUUCGCAACCAAUGUUUGAUGGAGGAGUUCUCAUUAAUGUAUUAGGAAGAUUGCAGACUGACGAGGAUCAGCCUCACGCGUACAUCCAGACAUUUGUCCUGAAGCCAGUCGGUACCAGCUUUUACGUGCAACAUGACAUCUUCAGACUUGCGUUACACGACACGGUUUAGGCAUCAGGCAGACGAAGAUCCACCACACGCCUUCUCGCAAUGUUUUGUGCUGAAGCCAUUGGGUAAUUCAUACUACUGUCAGCACGAUAUCUUUCGCCUUGGCAUUCAUGAUAUUGCAUGAACGAAGGAAAAUUGAGCUGAUUUUCGCGACGAGCGUGUGAGCAGACAGGUUGUCGAGUGACGGAUGCUCCGGAGAUCACAAUUAAUAAGUGAGCCACCUAAUUUCAUCGAUAAUCCUCUCGUCACAAUCGCAUCCUACCUAUCCUCAUUCUUUCCAUAGAUAAUAUUACAAGUUUUGUAUGAAGAAUAUAUCUUUCCACUUAUAUUUUGGCCACAAUAAAAAAAAGAAAUCGAAAAUCAUCCGAUAUAUCACACAGUUGAAGUAAUUUUUCUCCGUACAACACACACACACACACAUACACACACACACACACACACGUGCAUAUAUGUGCAUAUUGUUUCAAAAAACAAACUUACAUUUCUUACAUGUACUAGCACAAUACAAACACAUAUAUAAAUGUCUCAUUGAUCAAAAGAUGAUUUGAUUUCUGGUGACAGAUAAUAUCUUUGCAUUACUACGCUUUGAAAUGUAUUGUAACAUAUUUUACAUUAAAAAUGCUGUGUAUUUUUGUAAUACGAAAAUGUUGGCCAUUAAAUACAAGAAUACGGAA